ACGUUUAUAGCUCCCUCUGAUGACCAUUGGACACUACACAACAUAAGUCUUCUUUUAUUUUUGUGCAUACAUUCAACUGACAGCUGACUGGUUAAAUUCUAAUUGCUUCCAAGUGAGGUCAGCAAAGGUAUUUAUCGAAAAGGACUGAACAACAGGCUCAACACACACACGCACGCGCACGCACAAGCGCAUACACACACCACCGCUCUUGCGUGUUGAUUUAUGGAAACAAUUAUAAUUCUGCUGAAGUCUUUCUGAGCUGAGAAAGUUUGUAGCUACAGUAGAGCGUCUCAUGUUGCAAAAGGCAGACAACAGAAAUGGAAUACUUGUGUAUCCAGCUGUUAUCAACAGGAACAAAUCUUUUACUUUCAGUGCAAGCAGCAAAUUCAAGUAGUACAGAAGGUCAUGACAGCCAAGGUUAUUAUAACCGGUUUCUUUAAAGGAUAUCCUGACUGAAAAGAUAUUUAAGGAGAUAUCCUGUUUCAACAUCAGUAACUAUUAAGGAAUAAGGAUCAGAAUUCUGGAAGAGGAAGCAAUCUCAAUUAAAUCAAUCUACAACUCGCUGUAAAGACAGAAGGCAGGUCAAUGACCUAGGAGCAACGAUCUACUUGAGUUUUAAUUUUCAUUAUGUUGUUCAUGAACACCCAGAACACUGCACUAUAAUGCACAAAUGGAUACUGACAUGGAUCCUGCCGACUUUGCUCUACAGAUCAUAUUUUUACAUUAUCUUUCUAGUGGGCACUAUAUCUUUAGCUUGCAAUGACAUGACUCCAGAGCAAAUGGCUACAAAUGUGAACUGUUCCAGCCCUGAGCGACAUACCAGAAGUUAUGAUUAUAUGGAAGGGGGGGAUGUAAGAGUGAGAAGACUUUUCUGUCGAACUCAAUGGUAUAUGAGGAUUGAUAAACGAGGCAAAAUAAAAGGGACACGAGAAGCAAACAACAACUAUAGUAUUCUGGAAAUAAGAACAGUGGCAGUUGGAGUAGUGGCAAUUAAAGGUGUGGAAAGUGAAUACUUUCUAGCAAUGAACAAGUCUGGAAAACUCUAUGGAAAGAAAGUAUGCAACGAGGACUGCAACUUCCGAGAACUGAUUGAAGAAAACCAUUACAAUACUUAUGCUUCAGCAAACUGGACAAACAAAGGGAAAGAGAUGUUUGUGACAUUAAACCACAAAGGUGUCCCUAUGAAAGGUAAAAAAACAAAGAAAGAACACAAAGCAUCCCACUUUCUUCCUUUGGCAAUAUCCUAAUCAUAUAUGAUCUACAGAGAACUAGUUCCAGCAGGAAGAUUAUUUUUAAAGAGACUGAACAAGUAAUCAAGAGAGGCUGGAAUACUACUGAAAAACUGAACAAGCUGGACUUGCGCAUUUAUGUUUAUUUUAAAGAGACUUCAUUAAAAAGAUUUGAAAAUAUACACAAAAUCAGAUUUAGUAACUAAAAGUUGUAAAAAAUUGUAAAGAGUUGUACAAUCAUUAUGUUAGUAAUAGUAACUGGGUAGUUUCUUAAAUUAAUUUACCCUUAAGAGCAAUUCAUGACUUGAUUAUCUGAUGAUAUUUUAUUUAAAAACCUAUCUGCUUAUUAAACAUGGCUGCUAUAAUAAUAAUAAAGCAGAUGAUAAUGUAAUGUAAAAUAUGUCAGACUUUAAGGCUGCUGGAAUGAUUUGUCAGAUUAUCAAGUCAAUACUAAAUGUGGAGAUUGAGCAGUAUUUUAAAUAGUUCCCAGAGAAACUGAUAAACUAUACAUAAACUAGGAUCAGAAAAAAACCUUAAAUCUUAUAAAUUUGUUACUGUCAUAUUGAGAUUAAAAAAGCUUGUUUGGAAAAUUAAGGUUGCACCACUACAAAAUGUCAAAUGUAUUAACAAGAUCAAAUACCUAAUGCUGCUCUAAAAGAUGUUUCAAAAUAGUGUAUGUAAAAUAAUAGGGAAUAGGGAAUAAAUAAAAAUGUACUUCAUCUCACUUUCCACAAAAUAACAUUUUAUAUAACGACGAAGUAAAAAUUCAGACAUCUUAAGGUUUUUUAUGUAACAUAACCUAUCUUUUGUAUAAUUCCUGUUAGGGCAUAUGGCUUUUAAUAUUGUUUUUCCACCGUUAUUCAUGCUUUUUCUGUUGUUACAGCAUUAAACUUUAUUUUAAGUUAUAUUUGAACUUUAUUGUUCUAAGUUAUUUAAGUUGAUGUUAUUUAUAAAAAAAAACUUAUUAAGCUGCAUCUGUUUCAUAUGCUUUUAAUUCCAAAGGAAUAACAAAAUGGUCUGGCUGAGCUGCAUUGUUUUUUUUCUAUGACCAGACACACAGUCUAGUACACAAGACUCUUGCCAACAUGCACUGGAUGGCAGACAAAAAUGACAGCCUGCAGCAAUUCUUACAAAUGAAGUCUCACAGGGAACAACCCAAAAAUGUAAAAAAAUCUUUUGCCACAUACUCCUGCCAAUUAAGUUUAAUAGCAUUCCCAGAGUUACAGCAGAUAUAGAAAAGUUGUAGCUCUGAUAGAUAUUGGGCUACUUCCUCGGUUGGUAUAAAUCAGCACUGAGUUCUAUGGAGCUACACCAAUUUACACCAGCUGGGGUAAUGGUCCAGAAAGUCUAGCCAAUAACAAUGAAACCUCAUGACACUAGAGAUUUAAAUCCUCUAUCCACAGAUGUAAAUAGUUCAAUAACUAUUGCCACAUGAAUAGUUCAGCGUCUCUACUUUAAUUCUUGCCCUCGCUCUUCAGACUGGCAACAAAUUUUCCAGUUAAUAUUAUAUGAGUACUUGUUUGCUAUAGGAAAUGGACAGAGAUCACCAAAUAAUUACACUAAAAAGCAGCUGUUAGACAAUCACUAUUAACCUUGGAUAGAUUCAAAGCAGUUUCCAAUGGAGUUAAAAGCUCAAUUUUCCACUGCAGACUCUUGAGGUGCAUCUACAUUAGGGCUUUUGCCAGUAUAGAAAUGUUUUUUUAAAAAAAAAAAUCACAUCCUUAACCAACAUUACCGUACUAGCAAAAGUUUCUAAAAUAGAACUGGCCUAGGUUAGUUCACGUUUUGAAAGCAAAAAAUGAAACCCCACUAACAUUGUUUGUGUUUAGCUACUCUAUUGAAGCUGGAUUUAAAAUGCAACCAUACGCCAACAUGCUUAAAAUUAAAUCCAGAAUCAGAGUUGGCUUUUCUAAAGAUUUUAUGAUUAGGUAAUUCAAACAGAGAGCAGUAAGAUCAAAUGUUUCUUAAACAUUGUUGAUAAUUUUUAUUUGCAAUUUUUAUAUUUGCCUUGCCUAUUGGGCUGACAUUGUGACACCUUGAACUGUCUGUAUAUGAUCAAGGAUCAGAAGAGGCUGAGUAUCUAUGUUUAUGUUGCAAAGAAGACUGCCAGCUUAUAAGGAAAGAUGAUCAAGAUAAAACAAAAACAUUUAAAAUUGCAAUGUAAUUAACAGGCCAGAUCAUACUCCCUUUGAUCCAUGCACAGAGGAUCAUUCACACACGGAUCAUCACCUUUAUCUGCGUGGGGAAACUACCUAGCCCAAUGUUUGUUAAACGUCUGAACAGAAAAAGUAUUAUAAAAUGAUAAAUACUAUUAGCAUGGAGAGGUGAAACGUCAUUUUUCUAUAUGGACUAGCCUACCUGUUUGAUUUUAAGGGAAUUCGGCAUGUGGGGUUGCUGUAGAAUGAAGCAGCGUGUGACUCCAUACUCACAGCCACUGUUCUCAAUCAGAACCACUGGAUAUGUGAACUUUUGAAAAUCUGGCCAUGCCAUUUAGGUGCCUAAAUAGGAGAUGAGCUCUUUUAAACAUAUGCACCCAUAAGUAAUUUCAUACUCAUACUUUUGGAAGAGACAGAUUGUAAAUUCUCAGUUAUUAGAUUUGCUUUUCCAAUCAGAUAAAAUUAGAUUUUAAAAUUAACACUAUAAUUGCAGUUACAUUUUAAAAAGAUUUUAAAUCACUGACUAAUAAUUAACUAUUCUGGACCAGAUUGUGUCCCCAAGAUCUUCAUGGAUAUCUUUCCCCCGGCCUUGUGAUUGGACUAGUGUUAGGCGUAGGUGGAGCCUGGUAGAUGCACACUGUCCCCUCACCAGUUCUACAGAGAUUACCUGGGAAAGUUAAUACAGUCUGGGCUGCAUUAAUUCUCAUGUGAAUCCCUGUCUGUGGGAUCCACCUUUAAGGGCAGUUCUGAGGGACAACCGAGGCCAAUCUGUUUCUCUGGUAUUAUGGCUCUUUAGGUUGCCAUGCUACAAGAGUGCAUGCAUGGGGGGGCGGGGUGGGAGUCGGGGGAGAGUUACCAGGGCUACAGAGCCAGUGCAGAGCUAUAUGGGUUUCUGUAGAUCCCUUGGGAUUUGGGUCUACAGCAGUGGUUCUCAACCUCUUUACCAUUGUGGGCUACAUAUGUGGACUACAUCCAAUACUACCUUUAUGGCCCUGAGGAUGUCACAUGGGCUGCAGCUCUGUGCUGAUUGGGGCACAAGUGGCCCGUGGGCCGCAGGUUGAGAACCACUGGUCUACAGACUUCUCUGAGAUGCACACAAAACUCAUCCCCCCAGAUGGAAUGAUUAAAAACAAACUGCUCAAGGUGAUCCUUGCAGAGUUUAUUUUCCCUUAACUCUGUCCCACAAAGUUUACUGUGUGGAGAGAUCCAGUCCUCUGUUGUUUGAAAUCAAAUUACUUUAAACAAUUUUCUGUAAUAUUAGUGCUCAUGUAUUUUAAAAUCUUUCCUGUCUUUUCCACUAUAAGAAUAGAAUUGGAUGUGUUCCAAGGGCUAUGAUAUAUAUUUAUGUACUAUUUCUAACAUUUUCCUGACAUUAAUGUGUAGAGAGCAUCCCAUGAAGUUCUCAAUUCUGUCCAAGUUCAAGUACUUUAUAAAACACAUUAUUUCAAAUUCAUUUGUACUUUAGCAAUAAGAGCCAAAACUAUCAAACCAUCUACUAAAGAAAAAAUCAGACUAUUCAAAACUAAUUUACCAGAAUAAGUCAUCUAAGUUAGUAUUUUUAUUCUACAGUAUAAAAUAGACUUUUGGAACCAACCUUUAAUCAAGGGUCAGUGAUAAACACAUGCCAAGUGCUUUGUUCUCUGUAGUGGUGCACAUACAUGAUGUAUGGAAACUUAGUGAGGUUAAAAAAAAGUCUGUGCUGGGUUACCAGGAUGCCAAAAUUUAUGAGGUGACAUUUGUACCUAUCAUCCAAAUUACUCUGCCAGACCCUCUGAUGCAGAACCCAUUCAACAGCAUAUGAGGAUGCAGUAGACAGAAGUGCUGUGUUGCCUCCCUAGGUGGAGCUAUGGUCAUUGAAGAUGUUUUAGUGCUUCAAAAGAGCUCAGCAGAAUAGAAACUGUCUGAACGGAGUCAUAUAUGGGAGUGACAACAGGGAAUCACAGAUAGGAUAUAAGCCAGAGAUAAUGGGUAAAAAAAGUGAUAGUUUGUGCAAAGAAAAGGGAAGGGAAAUACACCAUUGUUAUGGGGGAGAAAGGGAGAGAGAUAGCCCAGGUACAAAGGGAAGGAAAGAGUCUACACAGGUGGAAGAAGAAAACAACAAUAAGGGGCGGGGGGGGGGAAGGGCAGAGAUUAUGGGAGAGUAGAGAAGAAAUAAACAAAAUAAAGAGACAAGUGUUAACAGAUACAACCAGAAAAAAUAGAAGAUUGAUAAAAUGGAAGAGGAAAAGAACAAUAAAACAGAAAUGGAGGAAUAAGAGGGAUAAUAAAGGAUCAGAUCCUCAGGUGGGCUGUGGUCACUUUGUGCUGCCCUGCUGUCAUACUUUGGAUGCAAAAGCUGAGUAAGUGGUUCAGGGAGGAUCACCCCAAUUGCAAGGGUGAUCCUGUAGCAGCAUAGAGCCAGCGCAAGGCCUUAUAUUCCGCACUGCUCUCCUUGCUGUCAACUUAGCAGAGAAGAGCAGUGUGGUUACUGAAAAGGGGCCAUGACUGGGAAAUCACUGUUAUGUCUUUCUCCUGGGUUUGGCCUUCAGCUCCUUAUGGCCUUUACAGGCCAGUCUAACUUAGAGCAGUCCUUAGGUUGCUCUAACCCAGGGCACAGUGGAAAGCAUGCACAGUGAAGCUCAUAGAUCAGGGCAGCAUAAUUGGGAACUUUACACUGUCUCCUAACUUCCAUUCUAUAUUAUGUAAGUACCUAAGGAUCAGAUCCUUAAAAUCCAUCCCACAAGAAAAUAUACCUCUCGUCAGUCUCAAACCUGAAAAAUGAGUUUGGAUCUUAGAAAGUGGCAGAGGUAAUUAGCCUAAACUGACCAAACCAAAGGUAAGAAGACCUAAAAAUGUAAGGAUAGAAAGACAAAGGAAAAGAAGAAGGAAUAGCUGUCAGAUUUCUUUUGGUAUUAAAAUAUUUUCAAUUUACUCUUUUUCAAAUAUUUUUGACGACAAUCCUCACAUCAAUCCCAGUAUACAAUUGUAUUGUAUACAAUUGGGGUGCAAACCCUUCUGUCAAUCCAGCUUCUUCCCUUGUCAUCUAUUCUUCCACUCCCACUUCUGGCACCUUUUCAAUAUAAAUUAAGUGCAGUUCUAGUAAAUGUACCUAUCUGUAGUUUAGUGCUUUACUGCUGAACUGCACUAAGAACCCAAGCUGACUACCAACACGCAACUAAAUAUGGCUAGCUACUUGUUAUUACACAAACACCUUCUAGAACUACUACCUGGUGCACAACUAAUUCCAAGACAAUUGUUCCAGCCUGCACUGCACUUCUACUGGCAGCAGGAACUCUAUAUGUAAGGGAGGGGAAGGGAUGGCAAAGUUUGACCAAGACUGGUCUUAAAUAGAGAAAACCGGAGCAAAAAAUGGGAACUAACUGGUGUCAAUACUGUCAUCUCACCAGGCACUGAAAGUAUGAGUAUGCUGUUAAUAUAUCCCAGAAUUAAAUUUGCCUUUUUCGCAAUUGCAUCACACUGUUGACUCAUAUUCAAUUUGUGAUCCACUGUAACUCCCAGUAGUACUGCCUUGGCAGUUAUACCCCAUUUUGUAAUUGUGCAUUUGAUUUUUCCUUCCCAAGUGUAGUACUUUGCAAUUGUCUAUAUUGAAUUUCAUCUUGUUGAUUUCAGACCAAUUCUUCAAUUUGUCAAGGUCAUUGUGAAUUCCAAUCCUGCCCUUCAAAAUGCUUUCAACCCCUUCCAGUGUGAUGUCAUCCACAAAUUUUAUAAGCAUAUUCUCCACUCCAUUAACCAAGUCAGUAAUGAAAAUGUUGAAUAGUAUCAAACCCAGGACAGACCUCAGCAGGUCCCCACCAGAUACAUCCCCUCAGUUUGACAGUGAACCACUGAAAUUACUCUUUGAGUACGGUUUUUCAACCAAUAGUGCACCCAAUUUAUUAUAAUUUCAUCUAGAUUAUAUUUCCCUAGUUUGCUUACUAAAAUCAAGACAAAUCACAUCUACUGUUUCCCCACUAUCCACUAGGUCAGUAAUAAAAAAAGGAAAUUAGCUUCUUUUGGCAUGAUUUGUUCUGGACAUGUUGGCUGUUAUUUAUCAUCCUAUGAUCCUCUAGAUGCAUCCGGUAGCCCAGUGAGCUAGCUUGCCUUUAUUAUAUGCACUGCUUUGCAUUAUAUUCUGCUUUGAUGUGAUGGUGAUGGGGAAGACAAUGGCUAACAUUUCAGGUUGUUCUACAAGGGAUGGUGUGAGUAUAUGGAUGUGCAGAUGGACAUUCUGUAGUAAGCUCUAGCUAAGUUGGGGUGUUUGUGACUGUACUUAAUGUAUUAAUAAACUAU